AUGCCAUAUAAUUUAUAUGAGUCAGUUUGUAACUAUAAAAAAUGGCAAUACAAAUUACAAAUAUGUAUCGAACAACAUGAUGGAAUUGAUACUGAAAAACAACAACAAAAAACAACUUUUGAGCCUUUAAUAAAUGAAACAUCAGUAGAUUCAACUAAAGCAGAAAUUAUUGCUUCAUCAACAAAAAUUUUAUUUCUACCAAUUAAUCAAAAAUCUGGUUAUACAGCAUCGUCGAAUGUUCCAUCAAGUAUUCAUUUGAGACAAUUGAUUAAUAUUCGUCAAAUAAAAAAGAAAGAAAAGACUAAAAAUGGAUUCUUAAAUUCAUUAUCAGAAAAAAAGAGGUCAAAAAGAACUCGACCUUUUGUUGAACCAACAACUUUACAUACUCAAAAUGCCAAUGUAAACAAAGACAGUACAGACUCAUUAAGGUUAUCAAUGCCGAUUAUUAAUGCUGAAGAUCAAGAAGCAUUAACUUCUAUAUCUCCGAUAUUAACAGAUAAGUCCACAGAAUUAAGUAGUGAAUCAGCGCCAUCGAUGUCACAUCGUGCAUUUGCACCGAUUGAAGAAGAUACUGGUAUCGAUGAUCAAGAACAAAAAUCGAAAACAUGUUUAUUAACAUAUACAGAUACUAAAAGUCCAUUUCGAUGGAUAUUAAAACGUUUGGUUAUUGAAUUGAAGACAAAUGAAGAAGCGGACAUUUUUUGUAUGCAAUUGACUAAAUGUUUAUCGAUGCUCAAAGAACGUCCUAAACAUUUAUUAGCAUUUGUUAAUCCGUUAUGUGGAAAAGGAAAAGGACGUCCGAUAUAUGAGAAAAAAAUACGGACAUUAUUCGAUGAAGCACAAGUGAAUGUUGACACAAUUUAUACUGAACGUGCAAAUCAUGCUCGUGACUAUAUUCGUGAUGAAACAUUAAAGAAAUAUGAUGGUAUUAUUUGUGUUGGCGGAGAUGGAAUGUUUUCGGAAUUAUGUCAUGGUCUUUUACUAAAAACAAUUACAGAGUCAAAUUUAGAUAUUAACGAGCCACGAAUUAAUUUGAUACGUCCAGAAACACGCAUUGGGAUUAUUCCAGCCGGCUCUACGGAUGCAGUCGUUUACGGAACAACUGGAAUGAAUGAUCCAAUCACGAGUGCAUUACAAAUUAUAACGGGUGAAUCAUUGUUAAUUGAUUUAACCACAAUUCAUAGUGAACAAGGUUUUGUGCGAUUUAUGGCAACAAUGAUGGCAUAUGGAUUUUUUGGCGAUAUAAUUCAUUCAUCUGAAAGUUGGAGAUGUUUGGGACCGUUUCGCUAUGAUUUAGCCGGCUUUAAACAAUUUCUUCGUAAUAAAUCUUAUGAUUGUAAAUUAUCUAUAACAUUAUCACCAGCUGAUGCAAGCUUACACCACAGUAGUGAAUUAGGUGCAUCACAACCAUUACAAGUAACAACAACAAAACAAAAACUUAUCCAACAUACAACGAGAACCGAUGAUACUUUGAAAGAAAUUGUUUCACCACGAGCACAAUUUUGCAAUAGAAAUUGUGAUAAAUGUUCGGUUGAUGAUUCAAAAACCGAUCCUGAAUUUCGUUUACCGUUACAAAUAGAAAAACAAGGGCGAUACACAACAAUCAAUUGUUUAAAUAUGCCAUGUAGAUGUAAGAAGUCAAAAUAUGGAAUGUCUCCAUUCGUCCAUUUAGGAGAUGGCUCAUUUGAUCUUAUUCUUGUUGAACGUUCUUGGCGACUGGGUUUCUUACGAUUUUUAUGGCAAGUAGCCAGUGAUAGUCGUCAGAUUGAUCAAUUAGCAAAUGUUGAAAGAUAUCGUGUCUAUGAAGUGUUAAUUAAACCCGAAUUAAUCAAUUCAAAACAACCUAGUUAUUGGUCGUGUGAUGGUGAAUUGAUAUCGGGAAACGAAAUUCAAAUACGCGUACAUCGUCAAGCAUUAAAUUUGUUUGCACGUGGCAUUGUAUUUGAACAGGAUGAAAAUAUAAACAAAUUGAAAAAAGCCGAAAAACAAACAUUUUUUUCGUGGUUUCGCAGUAAAAAAUGA